CAACAUAAAUGUUGAGUUCUUGAAAUGAUAAAUCACGAUUUACAACCCAAAAAAUUCUUUUUUUUUUCCAAGAUGCAACAAAUAAUCCAUUCACCCAACCCUAUUAAAACACAAAUAAGAAAACCUAACUUCCUCUCUUUCCUAGGCCGCUCCAUCUCUUUUCAUUCUUCCCUCUUUGCUGCUAUCAAAGAUGAGGAAAAAGAAGCAUCGCUUAAACUGAUUCAAGAUUUGACUAAACACCCAAGCUUCAAUCAAGGAUAUAGAAGAUUCAGCUUGCACAAUUUGCAUAAAAUAGAAGCAGAUGAAGACGGAAUAAGCAUCUGCACCAUUCGACAAAAGAUAUCAUACCAGUUGAUAUGAGGAGCUCCGAUAGUCCUUCUCAAUCAGCUUUUGAACCUCUGCUUCUCUAUUGAAUUGCGACGGUACAAGCCAUUCCUCUCCAUUCUAUUGUCCGGUUGUGCCUCAAGGAGACUUUCGAUUGAAAUUUGAAUUUGAAUUUUGAGUUAUCUAAUGUUAUUUACUCUGAAUUUUGAAUAGUGAAUAGGUUGGCUAGGUUGGAGACUGUGAGUAAUUUGCAUUGUUAAACGAAGCUAAUUGAUGAUUAUUGUAAUUUAUUAAAGUUUAUUUUAUUUAACCAUUUGAUUAAAUUUGUUUGUUUGUUUUGUUGCAAGAUCAAUUAGCUGCUACUGCUCGGGCAGCAGAGAAGUACAAGGAUCAAUUAGCUGUUUGUUUUAUUUUGUUAGUUUUUGAAAAUUUUAAACGUAUGUUU